AUGGCUGUGAAAAUAAUCACCGAGAGUAUCUGGUUUAGCCAUGAGAUACAUCUGGUUAAAGAUGCCGGCCUCAUCCAAAUGGAAGGAAUCAUCACCGUUGGACCUAACACGCAAGUGGACGUCAAGAGCCUUUCCUUCGAUGGGAAUGAAGUCGGAGGAUUCAGCGGCAUCGUCACUGACGGAUUACGGUUCCGAUACCCAGUCAAUAUUCCGAAUAUCAAAGGAUCUGUCACUUUUGAUUUGGAUCACAAGUCGGUUUGUGUUCAUAUCAAUGUGACUAGGAAGAAUGGAAAGUGUGUUGAUUUGUACCAUCCGGUUGCCGUUGACAUUCUUUGGUAG